GAGCUUACGUACAAGGAAUUGGAUUUUUUAUGCAUGAAGAAUAUCUUACAAACGACGAUGGGUUGAUGGUCUCAAAUAGCACUUGGACAUACAAGAUCCCAACAAUCGACACCAUACCCCAGAAUUUCAACGUUCAUUUGGUAAACAGUGGACAUCACGAAAAACGUGUUCUCUCUUCCAAAGCAUCUGGUGAACCACCACUGCUACUUGCAGCUUCAGUCCAUUGUGCAACAAGAGCGGCUGUUAAAGCAGCAAGAGAACAACUCAAAGUUUGGGGCAAGCUCGACGAGUCUGCUUCAGAAUUCUAUCUGGAUGUUCCUGCCAUAUUACCUGUUGUGAAGACGCAGUGUGGUCUAGAUUAUGUGGAGAAAUACUUAGAAAGUUUACUGACUCAGAAAUCUAACUAAAUCGCGGAAUAUCACACAGUUGGAGACAUUUUCUGUGGCCUGGAUCACAAGGACAAGUGCUCAUUAUGUCUCAAAUGAUACUGAAUACUUGUUUUU